UUUCAAAGAAGAGAAAAAUUUUAAAAACAUGUAGAAAAGAGGGGUAAAGAAAGAGAAAGAUAGUUGCAAUCAACAAAAGGGAGAACAUGCAAAGGAUUCAAAGAGAUGAAGGCACUCAAGGUAGUUAUCAUCCCUCUCAUCAAUGUCCGCCUCGACUAAUAUCAAGCACAGGGCCAAAACAUUCAAUAGUCCAACGUAGGAAAAGGAAAAUAAAAAAAGAUAACGAUGAUGAACAAGAGGUAGCCGAGCUUUCAAGUGAUCUUUUGGAGUUUAUUUCUAAGCGUCUUGAUGUUGUAGGGUUUUGUGCAUUUGGUGUUGUUUGCAAGAGCUGGUGGGAAGUAUAUGUUAGAUCUAGAGAAGAUUUCUUGGAAUCCGUAGCACCAAUGGCAGUGCUCAUAUCAUCACAUGCUAAGCGUUCAGUCAAUCUAUAUGACAUGGCCAAUGGAAAUACAAAGAAGGUUAUGCUACGUAACCAAUUUGUUGGAAAAUUCUUUGUUGGGUGCUCUAUAGGAUACAUGACUAUUGAAGAUUGCAGAAAUGGUGAAAUUUCCCUUAUAAAUCCUCUAUCUGGACAUGAACUGAAUUUCAAUUCACCUUCUUCUGCCCUUCAAGGUAAACCUCUUCAUGACCUCAUCAUCUUUAUUCCAACUUUGUCCUUCAGAAAUCAUUCCAUCCUUACCGUUUGCAAUAGCACACAUGAAAUCCAGUUCUUUCAUUCUAGACAUAGUCGAUGGUUUACUGGUCGGUUUUUUGGGCAUCCUUGGACAGACAUAGCUUUUUUUAAGAAUCAGAUUUAUUUUGUUACAAUGAAAGCUCGACUUGGGAAUUUAACGAUUACUGAAUCAGGCAUUGAUUUAAAUUGGUUGGUAGUGGAAAACACCCCUGAUGUGAAUGCUCAAAAUAUGAAGUUGGUGGCUUCAAAUAAUCAACUUUUAAUGGUUGAUUUUGUUCCUAAUAGGCAUUUAAAUAUUCACAAAAUAGAUUUCAAUUCAAUGGGAUGGGUUAAACAAGAUAAGUUAGGUGAUCAAGCUCUGUUCUUUGGGGGAAACUGGGGCCCUUCAAUAACGAAACCAGGUAAGUGGGGAGGCCAAAGUAAUUGUGUGUAUUAUUUGGAGGCUUCAUCUAGCAUGUGUUAUAUAUAUUCAAUGGAGGCAAAAUUGAUUGAAAAGUUUUCGCUUGUUGAAAACCCUACUACAUCAAAGCUUUACUCUGAAGGUUGGUAUUAUCCACACCAGUGCAUGAAGAUAGAUUAUCAUAUGGAUGACAGAGCAAUGUGAGCACUAGAUAAAAUGUGCAUUCUAAAAGACUCUGUAAUUUGUUUUCCUAUUUUCUUCAAUUUCUUUUUAUCUUUUUCAUAAACUAUUUAUACAUUGUCUGUAAUUGUGUCAAAAACAAUAUAUUUGGCUAUGUAAUAUCAAUAUUGUGUAUGUUUUAAGAUGAUUUUUCAUUUAUUUUAAGACAA